GUGUGUGUGUGUGUGUGUGUGUGUGUGUGUGUGUGUGUGUGUGUGUGUGUGUGACAUAUCUCAGCAUUAUAUCCUCAGGCUCUAAUCUGCCCCGGGGGAGGAAUUCAACAACCUGUUUUAUUCAAAUCAGCCCCACCACACACACUUACACUUAUGCAUGUAAAUGUUAAUAUGUGUGUGUGCGACAGCAGCCAAUCAGCUGCUCUGAGGGCGGGGCUACAGUAAAAUGAGAGUAUAAGAGCUCAGGUGAGUAGACAGUUACAGGACACACUCUCUCACACUCUCAGAAGAAGAAAUCGAUGGCGAUGAUGUCGUCUUUCGUCCUGGAGUGUGGCCCCUCCCCCUCCUUUCUGAUUGGAGGAACCCUCCCCCAGCAGCAGGUCCCCUUUCUGGGCAUGGACCCGUCAGAUUGUAGCCUCUACAGCGCGGAGGCCUCCUCGUGGCCCCCCAGCAGCGACGCCCCCUUCCUGCCGCCCGUCUACCCCCUGCAGGGCCCCUGGUUCUCCGUGCUGCCCUGCGUUCGACCGCCCUUCUCGUUCUCGGCUCUGAUAGCGAUGGCGAUCCAGAGUUCUCCUCAGCAGCGCCUCACUCUGAGAGAAAUCUACGCCUUCGUCUGCCAACACUUUCCCUUCUACAGCCGGAACAAGGCGGGCUGGCAGAACUCCAUCAGACACAACCUGUCACUCAACGACUGCUUCCGGAAGGAGGGGCGGAGCCACAGUGACCCAGGUAAAGGGAACUACUGGACUCUGGAUCCAAACUGUGAGAAAAUGUUCGACAACGGGAACUUCCGGCGUAAGAGGAAGAGGAAAUCUGACGCUUCAGAGAAACCUUCCUCCUCCUCCUCUUCCUCCUCUGAGUCCAGCCCCAAACUUCCCAAGAUGCAUUGCAGCGAUGACCUCCCUGCUGUGUCCCCCACCGGAGCCGUGGUGCCUCAGUGGGAGUUAUGUAGCUCCUCCCCCCCAUUAUAUAACCCCUCCCCCUCCAUCUAUAACACAUGUAGCUCCUCCCCCUCCCUAUAUAACUCCUCCCCCUCCCUAUUUGGUUCCUCCCCCUCCCUCUAUGACUCCUCCUCCACACUCUAUGGCCCCUCCCUCUCCCUAUAUGACUCCUCCCCCCUGCCGUACACUGACCUGCAGGCGUGCAGUUUCCUCCCCGACCUCCAGGAGGCGCAGCAGCUUCUUCAGGCCCAGAGCGAGGCCCUGUUUCCGGGCGGAUUCUGUGACCAACUGCCCCUCUACCAGCCCUGAGAGUUUCAGUGUUAUUAUUACUUUUAUUGUUUUUUAAAUUAUUUCAUUAUUGCUUUUGUUUUUAUAUUUAUUUUUCAUUCUUUUUAAUUAUUAUUGAUUUUAUGAUUUAUAUUUGAAUGUUGGAGAGCGUUUGUAUUUAUAUUUAUAUAUUAUUCUUAACGUAAAUAAAAGUUGAAUGUUUGUUUGAAUAAAAAACUAA